AUGGUCAGUUGGCCUGAGCCGAGACCUGAGCCGAGCCGUUCAAGUAAAUUUUUAUUCUUCCCUAUAUUUUACAGUUUUCGUUCAUAUAAUUACAAAAAUAAGCGAAGAAACGGUUAUUCUCCUAAUAAUCGACAAAGCAAAUUUUUGGGAAACUCCUCUACUCGAUCUAGCACUCCAAAUAAUUUUGGAGAUAAUAAUAACAGUAAUUCUAUAAUAAUUAAUCCAAAUAAUGACAAACGAGGAACUUUUGGCGCUUCUUCUAGACAACGAAAGAAGGCAAGUACAGCACAGGCUAAUAAAGAAGGCAAAGGAGGAGAUGCUGGAAAAGAGAUUCAAGAGAAAAAAGGAAAACAAGUUAUUAAUGAAAAGGAGGACGUCUUGAAAAAACUUCGCGAAUGGACUACCCGUUCAGCUCUACUUAGCUACACAGCUAGUGAGGAUGAAUAUGAUGACACAACAGAAGAUGAUGGUAAAACAGAAAUAAAACUGAAUGAAAGUGAUAAAGUGGAAAAUUGGAGAGAUAGGUCAAAAGUGGUUAAGGAAAAGGAAGGUGAGUUUGAAGUAAUGUUGGGUAUGACUCCGAGAGCUAGCUCUGGCCGGAAUCGAGGCCAAUAUUUGGAAAUGCACGGAGCCGUAGCCAUGAUUUGAAAAAGGUUUUAGCUGGUGUACUUCCACCUCAUCUCCGUACUGAUGGGUGUAUUUCUGAUUUGUUUGACCUCAACCCACAAAUCAUUUUCCUUCAAAUGUUAGUCCCGAAAGCAAUGGAUAAGUUCAAGUAUACAAUAUUUAGGAAAAGGGAAUGAAGAGUAAGGCUAGCGUCUCGGCACCAUGUAAAAUAAAAUUUUAAAUUUUUAGCCUAUAAAUACCCAAAAGCAAGGUCUACAAAAAAUGGCACUGCAGGACAAAAUGAAAAGGGAAGAAAGAAAAAAAUGGAAGAAGGAAUUGAAGGCAAUUGGAGAAAAAGCGUGAAAAGUUAUAAUGAAGUUUUGAAUGAAGCAAAGGAAAAGAAGAAAGAAAAACCAAAAAAGAAGAGUAAAAGUUUGGUGGAUUUCAACACAAAAUGGACCUUUAAGGAGACAAAGGAAAAUAAUUUGAACA